CUUUCACUAAUCAAAAUGGCGCCUGAGAACAUGAGUAUAUCUGUAAAUGGGCAAUCCCAAGUCCCUCCUGGCUUUAGAUUUCAUCCAACAGAAGAGGAGCUCUUGCAAUACUACUUGAAGAAGAAGGUUUCAAAUCAGAGUAUUGAUCUGGAUGUUAUCCGAGAUGUUGAUCUCAAUAAGCUUGAGCCAUGGGAUAUACAAGAGAAGUGUAAAAUAGGAACCACACCACAAAAUGAUUGGUAUUUCUUCAGCCAUAAGGACAAGAAGUACCCCACCGGAACAAGAACAAACCGUGCAACUGCGGCCGGAUUCUGGAAGGCCACUGGCCGUGAUAAGGUGAUAAGCAGUAACUGCAGGCGGAUCGGUAUGAGGAAGACUCUUGUGUUCUACAAAGGCCGAGCUCCCCAUGGCCAAAAGUCCGAUUGGAUCAUGCAUGAAUAUAGACUUGAUGACAACAACACUAGCAAUUGCAUCUGUUGUGCGGAAGCCCAAAGAUGCAAGAGUGUGAAUGCAAACUCAAACUAUUCAUAUGUUGGCUACCAACCAUGGAUGGCUACCAAACAAUCCACCCAUUUUUUUGACAAAGAUAGCAAGCCAACAUUGACUCACCAUAAAAUUAGUUCGGGCAGCACAAUUAUGAGCACCACCACUUCAUCCAUGACAACAGAAACAAGAAGUGCCCAAUCCCUGUUUGAUUCAUGCCCUGAGGGAGCUUUGGAGCAAAUGCUUCAAUACAUUGGAAGGACCUGCAAGGAAGAAGAGAAUGAAGGCAACAACAUGAGCACAAGAUUCAAACUCCAAUCCAUCAACACAGGCAUCAACAAUCACAAUGGCUACCAUGAGAGGUUCUUGAAGCUUCCGAGCCUAGACAGCCCAAACUCCACCAGCAGCCAAGACUGCUACCAACCCAAUAUUCAUGAGGAGAUGAUGGGCGCAGAGAAUAAUAUUGAUGAGGAUUUUCAGCACCAAAUGGACUCAGGGCUCACCAACUGGGCAGCCCUCGAUCGCUUUGUGGCCUCACAACUGAAUGGCCAAGCCGAGACCUCUAGGCAAUUGGCUUGCUUCAGUGACCCUUAUGAUUGCAAUGAUGAUCAUCAUGAGCUCCAAUUACCAACAACUCUACGAUCAAUAUCUUCAUCUUCAUCCAACAAAUCCUACCAUGCCACCCAAGACUACAACAACGGCGAGAUCAACCUCUGGAGCUUUGCUCGGCAAUCAUCAUCUCUGUCGUCCUCCGACGCGCUGUGCCACGUGUCGAACGGUUCUAUAUAACGGAACAACCCAAUAUCAUAUAAGAAUGUUAUCUAGUCCAUCAAAGUCAGAGGAAUAUAAUUACAAGCACAGUAAUAUAUAUGUUAGACAAAUAAAGGUUAAUUAUUAGUUAACAUGUUUUUUUAGAUGGGUUGGCAUUGUCAAGUACCAUUAUCUUAG